AUGGGUGCUUGGUUAUUUAUCCUUGCUGUUGUUGUCAACUGUAUCAAUUUGUUCGGCCAAGUGCAUUUCACAAUAUUAUACGCUGAUUUAGAAGCUGAUUAUAUCAAUCCAAUUGAAUUAUGUUCCAAAGUCAACAAGUUAAUCACCCCUGAAGCCGCGUUGCAUGGUGCCUUGUCAUUACUAUUCUUACUGAACGGUUACUGGUUUGUAUUUUUACUAAAUCUACCGGUUCUAGCAUACAAUUUAAACAAGAUCUACAAUAAGGUCCAGUUAUUGGAUGCUACCGAAAUAUUCAGAACUUUAGGUAAGCAUAAAAGAGAAAGUUUUCUAAAAUUGGGUUUCCACUUAUUGAUGUUCUUCUUCUACUUGUAUAGAAUGAUCAUGGCUUUGAUUGCUGAAAGUGGCGAUGACUUUUAA